AUGUGGAAGCAUACCAAUGUGGAUGCACAGGGAAUAGGGCUGAGCCACGUUGCGGAGAAGCCAGUACCGACAAAGCGCCAGUCUUCCACCAAUCGCGAGAGGGAGGCGGGCGACGCGGAGAGGCAUGAUGGGAAGCCAGCAGCCGCGGGCGAAGACGACGAACCGGAGAGGUCAGAGUUCAACAAGACUCACACAGGGGAGGCGAAAGACGGCACGCGCGUCGUCAUGACGCCGCUGCGACAACGCAGGAAGGGGGCGCCACCAGCCAGGGUGGCCGACUCCGAGGAGGAUUCCGAAACGGAAAGUGAGGAAUCGGAAGAGGAGCCAGGGAAACCGGAGAAGGAAGGAAAGGAUGGCGAAUCGGAGGAAGACGAGGAGGAGGAGGGAAUGGAGGGCCCGUCGCCGCGUGACCCCGGCAAGAGAAGCAAGACGACAGACCCAACUCUCGUGAAGUCGAGCAGGAGGGCGGGCACCGCGAAAACAAAGUCCAAGCCUCAGGAAGAAAUCGUGCCGGCCGAUGAAAGCGAGGAGGAGGAGGAGGAGGAGGAGGACGAGGAUGAGGAGGAGGGGAAGGCGCCGAAGAAGAAGGCGAAGGAGGGAUCGCGAGACGACGACAGCGAAGUCACGGAGGGAGAGGACGAGAACGGGGAGGAGGAGGAGGAGGAGGAGGAGGAGGAGGUACCAAAGAAGAAGGGGAAGAACAAGGAGGAAGAGAAGAGGAAGAAGCGAUCGAUACUGAAGAGGACUAAGAGCAGCAAGGACUCUGACGCUGGGGCAGCGGAAGAUGAAGAGGACAAGGACGAGGCAGCGGUCGUCAACGACAAGACGCCGCCCCCGAGUCCGCAGGUCAAAGGUCACACCAAGGAGGCGGAUGCGACGAAAGCCGAAAAGAAGUCUGGUUUCCUCGGUUUCUUCUCGCUGAAGAGGAAGAAGGACGCUCCCUCGCCCUCUCCCAAAAACGUCGAGGGGAGAGAGAGGAAGGGGACGGUGUUGGAGGAGGAUGAGGAGGAGGAAAAGGAACCCACGGAUCAGACGAACGUGGAUGCAGAAA